AAGUUGAAGCCAUGGCGGGACUUCGGGGUUGGAGGGACAAGUCGAUCACGGAUUUGGGCCACUUGCCGGAUCCAACUGGAAAAUUCUCACUGGAUAAAACCAUUGGCCUAGGUACUUAUGGCAGAAUCUAUUUGGGACUUCAUGAAAAGACUGGUGUAUUUACAGCUGUUAAGGUGAUGAAUGCUUGUAAGACACCUUUACCUGAAGUAGGAAGACAAGUGAAAGUAAAUAAAUAUCAGAAGUCUGUUGGAUGGAGAUACAGUAAACGAAUACCUCUGAUCUUUGAAAGAGAAGCUAUUAAGGAGCAGUACACCAUGAGAAGAUUCAGAGGACCUAGUUGUACUCAUGAGCUUCUGAGACUCCCAAGCAGCAAUAGAUGCAGACCACUUAGAGCACUGCAUGGAGAGCCCUCUCAGCCAAUGUGGUUACCUGAUCAAGAAGAGCCAUGGGUCCAAGCACUAGAGCAUCUACAGGGAGCAACCAUGAUGUUCAAGCCACUACAGGGUCAGGACAAUGUACUUAGGUCCCUGGAGGGGCAAGCCCAGGCAAAUCAGUAACUACAAGGGGCAGCUCAAUUGUUCAUGCCACUACAAGCUAAGGUUAAGGCUAAACCAUCUAGGCCCCUACAGAGGAAGAUUAAAGCACCUCCACGACUACAGAGGGCAGCCUGGAUGUUCAUGCCACUACAUGCUCAGGUUAAAGCAUCUAGGCCUCUACAGCUACAGGUCCAGGUACCCAAAGAACAGCAAGGUCAGGUCCAGCCUCAAGCACUAGAAGAACCCCAGGAUCUGGACCAGGUACCAGAGGGAUUUCAAAGGGAAGAUCAGCUACAUGAACAACAACAAAGGAAAGGCCAAACCCAUGAACAACAGCAGGGGCAGAACCAGGUGCCCAAACAUCCAGCAGUACAGGAACAGGCCACUGAGCCCACACAGGCAAAGACUGAAGCAGAGGAACCAGACUCAUUACAAGUAUAUGCCCAGCUACUGUUGCCUCUACUGUCACAGAACCACCACGUGCUGUUGCAACUACAUUUGGAUACUUGGGUUCUCAUUCCAUUAGAGGGGCAAACCAAAGAGUCACUUCCAGCACAGGUGUGGGCACUAGAACCCCCACAGGCAUUUGGCUCAGUUCAAGUACUGAUAGAGGGACUAUCAAGAAACUUAUUUCAAGCACCAAACUCACAUAACCCCAAGCCACUUGGUCCACUGCAAACACUGUUGGAAAAUCUGUCAUCAAACAUGUUUUACUCUCAACCAGAACAGGCACAAAAUAAAAAAUCAAAGGUUUCUAGUCUAAGGAAGGCAUUGGCAAAAAGACUAUCACCAAAGAGGUUCUUGGCAAAAUUAUCACAGAGACCUGCAGAGUUUGAGCUCUCAUAUUUAGAAGCCUACAGGCAAAGGUGCCAACACAAAUGGGAGGAUAUCUUUAAUCAACAUGAGGAAGAACUGAGACAAGUUGCAAAUAGCAAAGAAAAUGAAUCAUCAGAAAAUGAUGAAGUAUUUAAUUUGAUUCAGUCUGAACUCCAAAUAGAACCAUUUGUCCAACCAUAUCUCCCAAAUCCUAAAGGAAAUGAGGAACAUAAAGCAUUAAUGCAAGUCAAGAUAUUUCAGGGAAAAGGGUUGAAGCAUGCUGAGUUGUACAUUCCCUUUAUGAAUGUUAGCACAUGGCACAUACUUUUCUGCCUUUUCAUUAGUGUUCUUCAGUGGUCUUUUUUGGAACAAGAUGAGAAGCCCCUUGACACCAGACAAAGAAGUUUGCAAAAUCCUCAAAAUUGCCCAGCAGCAUCAGAAUCUUCCAAGGAAGAAAGUCCAGUAAUUGGGACAAGAUACCAGUCAUCGUCUCCUAAUUCUACAAUUGAUCAGAAGUUGCUGGUUGAUGUCCAUAUUCCAGAUGGAUUUAAAGUAGGAAAAAUAUCAUGCCCCAUUUACAUGGCAAAUGAAUGGAUAGGCUAUAAUGUACUCUCUGAAAUCUUCUGGAAUGAUUGGUUGACUCCUGCACCUUUCAUUCAGCCACCUGAAGAAGAUGAUGAGUGUGUUGAACUCUGUGAUGCUGGUACUGAUACUGAUGGUGAUGAUUAUGAUUCAAAUGAUAUAUUUGAAGAUACCUAUGACCAUGGCAAUGGCAGUGAUGCUGUAGAUAACAGGGUUGGGCAGACUAACGAUGCCAGUGAAAACCAUGGUGAUGGUAAUAAUGAUGAAGUUGUUGAUGACAAAGAUAAUAAGCAUGAUCGUACUUUUAAUUGGCAAAGGUCAAGCUAUGGUCAGAGUGGAAACUGGAAGAACAGUGGUAGAGAUGGAGGUGAUGCAGGAGAAGAAACUUGCAGCACCUAUGGAAGCCAGAGAACUAGUAGAAACCAUGUAGAAUUUGCAGCAAGUGAGAACAAUGCAGCUUUUUGAGAUCAUAAAGGAGAUAUAGCCAGUAUAGGAAGCAGGAAGGGCAUGGAGGGCAAUAGAGGUAAAGGGGUCAAUGAAACCAAUGAAGAGAGUGAAGCUCUUGAACUCAAUAAAGGAGAAAAUUGCUCAAAGAAAGAUUGUCCAGGAUUGGAGAGAAUAGCAUUGUAAGACUUUGAACAUCAAUGGGAGGAGUCAGUUGGUAGUAGUGAGGCCUCAAGCGCCAUUUCCUCAGAUACUGCACCCACAGUACCUGAUGAUGAAAAUGACAAUAUGGACAUAUUGGGAGCAUCAACAGAAUCAUGUUUUUCUGCCAUCCAGUCAUCAUUUUCCAAUCUUUCUGGGAGGGCUGCAAAUGCUGAGUUUGCUAGUGCCAUCUUAUAUGCUGGGUUAGUGGAAGUAUCUGAGAAAUCACCUAAGAAACCAUCUGAAGUCCAUGUUAAGCCACUAUAUGUCUCUCCUGCAUGUAAAAAGACACUAAUCCACAUGUAUGAAAAGGAAUUCACUUCUGAGAUGUUCUGUGAUUCUUUGUGGGGAGUGAAUUUGCUGUUGGGAACCCGAUCUAAUCUGUAUCUAAUGGACAGAAAGGGAAAGGCAGAUAUUACAAAACUUAUAAAGCAAAGACCAUUCCACCAGAUUCAAGUUGUAGAGCCACUCAAUUUGUUGAUUACCAUCUCUGGCCAUAAAAACACAUUUCAGAUAUAUCAUUUGACCUGACUGAGGAAUAAGAUUUUGAAUGAUGAUCCAGAAAGUAAAAGAAAAGAGGAAAAACUAAAGACAGAGGGAGCCUGAAAAGCCAUUGAUAAGUUAGCAGGCUGUGAACACUUCAGUGUAUUCCAACAUGCAGAAACAACAUAUAUCACGAUUGUUCUGAAAUCAUCAAUUCACCUUUAUGUAUGGGCACCAAAGACCUUUGGUGAAAGCAUUGCUAUUAAAGUAUGCAUUGAUCACUCAGCAGACUCCAAAGGAGACUACAUGUCCUAUGAAGCCUAUAUAUGAGUACUGGCAAAAAUAUAGGCAACUGAUCCAAAGAACCAUUUUAAGAGACCACAUGAGCUCCUUAACUUGCUGAAGCUCAAAGUAUGUCCAACACUUGAUCAUAAACCAAUGACAGUUGAUUCGGCUAUUGGUUCUGAAGAAAGACUAAAAGUUUUCUUCAGCUCAACAGAUGGAUACCACAUCAUUGAUGAAUAAGCUGAGGUUAUGUCUGAUAUGAUCCUGCCAAAUAAUCCUAUGAAAAUCAUUAUACCACAGAAUAUCAUCAUUUUACCUCAUUCCUUGGGAGUUGGCAUGAUGCUCACCUUCAAUGUUGAAGCCCUUUCUAUGAAAGCAAAUGAACACCUCUUCAAGAACAUCCUUGAAGUGUGGAAAGACAUACCAUCUUCAGCAGCUUAUGCAUGUACACAGAGAACCACAGGAUGGGGCCAAAAGGCCAUUGAAGUCCACUCUUUGCAAUCAAGGCUCCUGGAAAAUGAAUUGAAGCACAGGUCAAGUAAGAAGCUGAGAUUUCUAUGUACUCGAGGUGACAAGCUGUUCUUUACUUCUAUCCUGCAUAAUUGCCACAGCCGGGUUUACUUUAUGACCCUUGGAAAAUUUGAAGAGCCACAAAGCAAUUAUGGUAUUUAAAAGGUUCCAAUGAUUUAUUACAACAUUUACAAAUAUCAUAAACAUGCAAUUUGCAUCUUAAAAUUUAUGAGGUUAAAUGAGCAUGCAAUUGUAUUAUUAGGGAAAAAUUAAAUCAGACAGACACCUUUAAUGUACCACAGAAUAGUUCUAAUGAGAAAUGGAGCUUAAUGUGUAAAAUGAACUACAGCAAGCUCUAUGUACUCCAGUGGUGUACAAUGUCUUUUGCACAAAUUUUGUAAUUUUUGUUACUGUGAGUUCAAACAUUUUUCUUUGGAUGGUUUAGACAGUAUCUGUGUUCAGAUUUUUAUAACACAGAGUAAAGAAAUCUGUAUUGAGUUAGAUUUCAGGCAACUUUGAAAAGAAUUGCCCCUGAAUGAGGUUUUUAAAAAAAAAAUAAAUGUAACAACAAACUAUACAGUAAUUUUCAAAGUCAUAUAAAGGACUAAAGAUUAUAUUAUAAGAUGCAAAUAAUAAGGACUAUGAUAUAAACCAGACUAAGGACUACAUGACUGGAGAAAACUACAGUGGUAAAGGGGGAAAAACCAUCAAUUUUCUCAUUGCUCCAUGACAGUUAAGCACACAGUUAGAAACCAAAUGGAUUCUUUUCACCACAAGCUAAGCUGGUUUUCUCCCUAUAAGAAGAAAGAAAAUCACCCUGGCUGGCAUAGCUCAGUGGAUUGAGCACAGGCUGCGAACCAAAGUGUCACAGGUUCAAUUCCCAGUCAGGGUACAUGCCAGGGUUGCA